UUUGUCCUUGACCAAGCGCCCCUUCUGCCUCCACAUCGUGUUGGUGGGGUUGGAUGCCGGCAGCAUCAAUUGGAUUUCUGACCCCGCCAGGAGUUGGGGGAAAAGCUAAGUGGGCCAGGGACGCCCUAUUCCCCUCCCCGCGGCUGCCUGUCAGAGCGCUACUGGAGAUAUUACCAGAGACCCGGCCCGCAGCGACAGGCACAAAGUCACAGGGUAAUGAACUUCGGGGACCCUUCGCCGCUGCGUGCGCGGCUGUCCCCGGAAACUCGCAUCUGGCCACCUCUUCCCUUGAAAGACCUCCCAGCAAUCUAGCUUCCCCUCUCGGCGCCCGGGCUCCGGCAGCGACGAGCUUCUCUGCCUCUGAGACAGCGGCUGUGAUUUUCGUCUUCCCACGGGAGAUCGGCGGUCUGCAGAGAGCUGCCCCCUCUGCACGCCCGGGUGGAGGGAGAGAUUGGAAACAGUACCAGGCAUGGGGAGAGAGGGGAAGUUCGCCCUCGUUGCUCCGUAGGAAGACCAUUUCCGCGUCUCCAUCUCUGUCCUUCAAUACUCCCUCUUCAAGCCUGCCUGUCCAUCUCUCCAUCUGUCUGUUCGAGACUGUGUCCACCUCAAGCCGCAUCCCCAGAAGCUGCAGUUUUGCUAGAGCCGGGAAAGAAACUUAAGGAUGCUUCCAUUUCCACUGUGGAACGAAUUCUGAGCGCCCGGGAGAGCAGGGCAGCGCGGGACAAAUAGCCAGCCACCUGUCUGUCCCGCCCGGGAGCCUCGCAGGCUGGAGGGCGGCUGGAGAGCGGCGGCGGCCGGCUGCGACGUGGGCGCCGUGGGCCGGGAGUCCGGCAGUGCCCACCAACCGCUGCGCCCCGGGACCGCCAGCAUGAGCAAGCCUGCCGGAUCAACAAGCCGCAUUUUAGAUAUCCCUUGCAAAGUGUGUGGUGACCGCAGCUCCGGGAAGCACUACGGGGUCUACGCUUGCGACGGCUGCUCUGGAUUCUUCAAGAGGAGCAUCCGAAGGAAUAGGACCUAUGUCUGCAAGUCUGGAAACCAGGGAGGAUGCCCCGUAGACAAGACACACAGAAACCAAUGCAGGGCGUGUCGACUGAAGAAGUGUUUGGAAGUCAACAUGAACAAAGAUGCCGUGCAGCAUGAGCGGGGGCCUCGGACGUCCACCAUCCGCAAACAGGUGGCCCUCUACUUCCGUGGGCACAAGGAAGACAAUGGGGCCGCCGCGCACUUCCCCUCCGCGGCGCUGCCAGCCCCAGCUUUCUUCACAGCGGUCACGCAGCUGGAGCCGCACGGUCUGGAGUUGGCCGCUGUGUCAGCCACGCCUGAACGGCAGACUCUCGUGAGCCUGGCUCAGCCCACGCCCAAGUAUCCCCAUGAAGUGAACGGGACCCCAAUGUAUCUCUACGAAGUGGCCACUGAGUCCGUGUGUGAAUCAGCUGCCAGGCUUCUCUUCAUGAGCAUCAAGUGGGCAAAGAGUGUGCCAGCCUUUUCUACUUUGUCUUUGCAAGAUCAGCUGAUGCUUUUGGAAGACGCGUGGAGAGAACUGUUUGUUCUAGGAAUAGCACAAUGGGCCAUUCCGGUUGAUGCUAACACUCUACUGGCUGUAUCUGGCAUGAAUACUGACAACACAGACUCCCAGAAGCUGAACAAGAUCAUAUCUGAAAUUCAGGCUUUGCAGGAGGUGGUGGCUCGGUUCAGACAGCUCCGAUUAGACGCCACUGAAUUCGCCUGUCUCAAAUGUAUUGUCACUUUCAAAGCUGUUCCUACACACAGUGGUUCUGAACUGAGAAGUUUCCGGAAUGCUGCGGCCAUUGCAGCUCUCCAGGACGAGGCUCAGCUAACUCUCAACAGCUACAUUCAUACCAGAUACCCCACCCAACCUUGCCGAUUCGGGAAACUCCUGUUGCUUUUACCAGCUUUACGGUCAAUUAGCCCCUCCACCAUAGAAGAAGUGUUUUUCAAAAAAACCAUCGGCAAUGUGCCGAUUACGAGACUACUUUCAGAUAUGUACAAAUCCAGUGACAUCUAAGGUCUUCAGCACCCACUUUCUAAGAUGGGGCAGUAUCAGAUGGACGUCUACCAUGCAGGACGAGCCUCAAAUAACAAGACGUUCUGGAAGGAGAAACUUGGGAGGGAGUGGCCUUCAGGAAAAAAAAAAUGCCAAUGGACUCAAAACAACAGCUAUGACCUGCUGUUCCCCUGAAACAGGACAGCUGGGAAGGCCAGGUGGUUACAACAGUUAUUGUCACCAUGCCCUGGGAUGGGGUGAACUGGGGUCACCAGCACAGGCUGAGCCAGGUGUCUGCCUCUGACCUGGAAGAUACAGCUGAGUCAUUCAAAGCUGAAAGUCAAGCCAUGCUUUCUUCUUCGUAGCACAUAAAGUCAGUUGAUCAACA